AUGCGCCGGCCGCGCGCCCUGAGCCUGGCGGGCUCCCUGCUGGCCGCCGCGCUGCUCCCGCUGCUCCCGGGGCCGCGCCGCGCGCCCGCCGCCGCCGCCCUCCCGGCGGGACUCGGCCUCUCGGACCCGGAGCCGGACGCGGGCGAGGCCCAGGCGUAUGCGGGCAGAUACCUGGAGGAGCAGCUGCGGGCAGUGUCCAGCGUGGACGAGCUCAUGAGUGUGCUCUACCCGGAGUACUGGAAAAUGUACAAGUGCCAGCUGCGGAAGGGGGGCUGGCAGCAAAGCCACGACCAGCCCGGCGUGGGCCCGAGGACAGAGGACACUGUAAAGUUUGCCGCCGCGCAUUAUAAUGCGGAGAUCUUGAAAAGUAUUGAUAAUGAGUGGAGAAAGACUCAAUGCAUGCCACGUGAGGUGUGUGUAGAUGUGGGGAAGGAGUUUGGAGCAGCCACAAACACCUUCUUUAAACCUCCAUGUGUGUCCGUCUACAGAUGUGGGGGCUGCUGCAACAGCGAGGGGCUUCAGUGCAUGAACACCAGCACGGGCUACCUCAGCAAGACGUUGUUUGAAAUUACAGUGCCUCUCUCUCAAGGCCCCAAACCAGUCACGGUCAGUUUUGCUAAUCACACUUCCUGCCGGUGCAUGUCCAAGCUGGAUGUUUACAGACAAGUCCACUCGAUUAUUAGACGCUCCCUGCCAGUAAUGCUGCCACAGUGCCAGGCUGACAACCAGACCUGCCCCGCCAACCACACGUGGAGCAGCCACGUCUGCAGGUGCCUGGCUCCGCACGACUUCAUGUUCGCCGCCCAAGCGGGAGACGACGCGGCUGACGGCUUCCACGUCUGUGGCCCCAACAAGGAGCUGGACGAGGAGACGUGCCAGUGCGUGUGCAGAGGGGGGCUGCGGCCCGCCAGCUGCGGGCCGCACCGGGAGCUGGACAGGGACUCGUGCCAGUGCGUGUGCAGGAACAAGCUCUCGCCCGGCGCGUGCGGGCCCCACCGGGAGUUCGAUGAGAGCACGUGCCAGUGCGUGUGCAGGAGGGCCUGCCCCAGGAGCCAGCCCCUCAACCCGGCCCGGUGCGCCUGCGAGUGCACAGAGAGCCCCCAGAAGUGCUUCCUCAAGGGGAAGAAGUUCCAGCCUCAGACGUGCAGCUGUUACCGACGGCCGUGCGCGAACCGGCUGCGGGCCUGCGAGCCGGGCCUGGCGUUCAGCGAGGAGGUGUGCCGCUGUGUGCCCGCGUACUGGAAGAGGCCGCACGGCAACUGA